AACAUGGCGACUCUCCGAAGAGACUACGGAGAGUGGCGAUACAACCGUUUUUAAGCCAUAUAGUUACGCCUCGUGCAAUGUGGCGGGAUUAGCACAAGCCUCGACACCCACAACAUUGUAAACUAUGUUUGCAGAGGCCAGUCUGUCUGUGUGGGGAUGGGGGGGUCUAGGAGUGGUGCUUUUCCUCAUCACAUUUGGACCCUUCGCUGUCUUCUACCUGGCCUUCUAUAUCUUCUGCUUCGUAGGAGGUGGUUUUGCGGUCACUCUGUUGUUUGGGAAAACCAACUCAGAGAGACAUCUAGAGAGGUGUGAACAAUCCUAUCUUCCGGCCACGCAAACGGGUAUACUGAAGACAUUGGAUGAGAUGAGGCUGGAGCCAAAGCCUAUACAGAUAGACAGGAGACUGACUGGCUCCAACUACAUAGACGAGCCUCUUCAACAGGUCAUCCAGUUUGCGUUGAGAGAUUAUAUCCAGUACUGGUAUUACACUCUGAGUGAGGAUGAUUCUUUUCUGCUGGAAAUCAGACAGACGGUCCAGAACGCUCUGGUACAGUUCUCUACACGGUCUAAAGAUGUGGACUGGCAGCCUUAUUUGACCACCAGACUGGUGGAUGACUUUGCUACUCACCUUCGAGUCUUCAGAAAGGCCCAAGACAGACUGGAGGACAGUAAACAGAGGGACUUGUCGGAGGAGAUGAUGGAGUCAUUCUUUGAGGCGGAGGUGGAGAUGGAGAGGAACAUCUGUAGAGACGUGGUCUGCACCUCCCUGAAGGAUGAAGAAGGGUUCCUGAGGGAUCUGUGUGAGGUACUGCUCUACCUGUUACUACCUCCUGGAGACUUCCACAACAAGAACAUGAGAUACUUCCUCAGGGAGAUUCUGGCGCGAGGUGUUCUCCUUCCCCUGGUCAACCAGCUGAGUGAUCCUGAUUACAUCAACCAGUUUGUUAUCUGGAUGAUCCGGGACUCUGGCUGCAACUACGAGGCUUUUAUGAACAUCUUGAAGCUGACAGACAGAGUGUCUGAACUGGAGGCUGUUAAAGACAAGGCCCUGGAGGAACUACAGUACCUACGAUCACUGGACACCGCAGGAGACGAUAUCAAUGUAAUAAAGAACCAGAUUAACAGUCUGAUGUUUGUGAAGAAGGUCUGUGAGACCAGGAUACAGAGGCUACAGUCUGGGAAGGAGGUGGAUGCUCUGAAACUAGCGGCAAACUUGGGCAAGCUGUGUAUCAUACCACUGGAACACAUUCUGGUACACAACAUUGCUCUGCAGUUCUUUAUGGACUACAUGCUGGUGGCUGGAGCCCAGGCAGAGCUGUUCUUCUGGCUGACAGUGGAGGGCUACCGAGUAACAGCCCAGCAACAACUUGAGGUGAUGGAGGGAUGGCAGAAGGAUGGAAAGAAGGGAGGAGACACUAAAGGACUGCUGAAGGCUGCAGCACUCGGGGUGUAUGAACAGUACUUAUCUGAUAAGGCGUCCCCCAGGGUGCAGGUAGACGAGGCGUCUGUUCUCAAACUGGGAGAGAAGCUACAGAAGGACAGUGACCCCACGCCAGAGAUAUUUGACGACAUCCAGAGAAAGGUGUAUGACAUGAUGCUUCGUGAUGAGAGGUACUACCCGUCGUUCAGACAGAGUCCCCUCUACAUCAGGAUGUUAGCUGAACUGGACAUGCUCAAAGAACCCUCUUAUAGAGGAUCAGAUGACGGAGAUGGAGAAUCGUUCAACGGUUCUCCAACAGGAAGCAUUAAUCUGUCUCUGGAUGACCUGUCGAACUCCUGCCAUGAUGACAAUAUACAGCUACACGCCUUCAUCUCUGAUACAGUAUCUGAUGCCUGUCUCCCUGGGGCUGGGUUGGGGCUGCUGGGUGCUACAGGGGUGUGUAACGACCACGGCAAGACCUACGCCCUCUACGCCAUCACUGUGUUGCGCCGUAACCACGACGGCAGCGAAGACUCCUGGAAGACCUACCGACGCUACUCUGACUUCCACGACUUCCACAUGAGGAUCACGGAGCAGGUCAAGUUUGAGAAUUUGACGUCGAUCCUGAAGCUGCCGGGGAAGAAGACAUUUAACAACAUGGACAGAGACUUCCUGGAGAGGAGGAAAAAAGACCUGAACUCGUACCUACAGCUGCUGCUGAAUCCAGAGAUGGUGAAGGCCUGUCCUACUCUGGUUCACUACGUCUACGACUUCCUGGAGAAUAAACAGUACAGCAAGGGGAAGGGAGAUUUCGCACGCAAGAUGGAUACGUUUGUGAACCCACUGCGUAGCUCGAUGCGUAACGUGUCCAACGCUGUGAAGGGCCUGCCAGACAGUCUGGCUGGAGGGAUGAACAAGGCUGCUGACAACAUGGGACGCAUGUCUGAGAAACUGGGACAGGACAUCAAACAGUCCGUGUUCAAGGUGCCUCCACUGCUCCCCAAGUCUGACUUUGACCCAGAGCACUGCCGAGUCUCGGCCCAGCUGGACGACAACGUAGAUGAUAACAUCCCCCUGCGUGUGAUGCUACUGUUGAUGGAUGAGGUGUUUGACCUGAAGGAGAGGAACCAGUGGCUUCGCAGGAACAUCAAGAACCUUCUGCAGCAACUCAUCAGAGCCACAUACGGAGACACUAUCAACAGGAAGAUCGUGGAUCAUGUGGACUUCAUGACAGCUCCAGAACAGGUGGCCGACUACGUCAAGAAGUUCCGGGAUUCGUACUGGCCCAACGGAAUCCUGGCCGAGUCUCCACCCCGCAGGGACAAGAACAUCCGCAUGAGGACGAGGGUCGCGGCCAAGACCAACCUAUUGGGAAUCAUGCCAGAUGAGAUGAAGCACAUCAUCGGGGCGGAUACGACUCGAAAGGGAAUCCUGCGUGUGUUUGACAUGUUCCAACACGGACCAAUGAAUCGUCGGCUGGUCUACGUGCUGCUAGAAGGGUUCCUGGAGACCAUGUUCCCUCACUACAAGUUCCCUGAGCUGUUUGUCAAACUGCACUCCCGCUCGCCGCGCACAGCCAGAUACACACAGAAAGUCAAGAGCACCUUCCUGAAGAGGUGACAGGAGACUGGAACUGGGCAGUGUACCAGGUGACACACGGCGUGAGAGAAGAGGGAGGAGAGUUGUGGGGAGGAGUUGUGCUGUUGAGAAGAGGUUAACGCGCGUGUGUGUUCUGCCCUCUCUCGAAGGGAUUGUUGAGACCAUCCUAGUUGUUAACUCUGCCCUGCUCUCCACUUCCCCUACGUGCCUCACAAACACACUCCUGUAGCACGAACAAACUGAUUUGGGUUUUAUUUUUUGUUUUAUGCUAACUGUUUUAUAGUAGAUGUGUUGUCAGACUGGGAGAGCUGCUCUGAUAUGCCCAGCAGGUGAUCUCACUUCCUGAUACCAGGCCACGUAUACAGAAAUACAUGUACCGGUAUAGAAAUAGAUUGAUAGGGGAGGGGGGAAUAUGGCAUAGAGGAUGCCAUGGGUAGUGAGAGAUGAAGUGUCAACCACAUCCGGUUCUGCAAGGCGUUUGUUUGUCACGUUUUGUCAAUGUGACAUCAUCGUCAUGUCAUAAGGACACGAGGAGGCUGAGUUUGAUCUAAAGUCCACUCCCCCUUUUUAAUGCGCCUGUCAGUAGCCAUGACAACCACAGCUCUAACUGUUUGUUUGUUUGUUGACGGGAAUGAUGGACAGCUCUACUGUGCUUCAUGUUAAUCAUGUGGAAAGCAGAAUGAACCGCUCCCCUGCCGGUGAGGCCUGGGUAACGGCCUGGGUAACGGCCUGGGUAACGGCCUGAAAUGGCCCGUUCUAAUGGACUGACACAGUCUAAUAGUAAUCCACUACAUUUUGGAAUGAGACAGAAUGAAAUGACAGGGCAGACUGUGAAUGUUGCUGUCUGUAGAAGCAACUGUCUGUCGAGUAGAAUGUACUCGCUUGGGCGUAUGUAUGUGUGUUUGAGAGUGUGUGUGUGUGUGUGUGUUUAGUGUGUGUGUGUGUUUGAGAGUGUGUGUGUUUAGUGUGUGUGUGCGUGGCAGUAAGAUGCAGCCCUCCCCAGUCAGACACUGUGCCAGUGUGGGCCCAUGCUAUAGUAUCAUACCACUAAGUAACAAAGAGAAAACACACUGAUAUCCCUGCUUUAUCACACUUUCAUUCAGAGAAAAUUUCAUCUUGUGCAGUAUUUUUAUUUGAUCCAUGAGUUUUUGAAUAAUUGUAUAAAAAUUGAAAAAUUGUAGAGAAGGUGAAAGAGUUCCCCCCCCCCCUCCCAAAGAAAUUCUAACCCAACAUUCCGUUGUAAAAAAAACAAAAAAUCAACUUUUAAUUGCAGACUCGUUUUAUACGUAUUUUUUAAUUAUUUUUUACUCCUGAUGAAUGUGGUUUCCAUGCCGAUGUGUCAGCAAGAGUGAAGAGUGAUCUAGCCAGUCGAGCUAAAGCCUCUGGACGGGAAGCUAUAGUUCAUUGGUCUAGAGAUAUGGUGGAAGGACUUAUUAUGCAUAUGAACCUGUUGAUUGGAGAGUGAACAGAAAUUAUUCACUGUUGUAUGAACCAAUGAACCAAUAACAGGAGAGACUUUGGGUCAUCUGUCCAAUCAAAUCGCAGGAAAGCCAUGUUUCUGUUAAAUCACUGCUAAGUAACGCUUAGUACCGGAGUUAUUUCAUUCGCCGAACAGAGCUCCAUUCCACUGCUGCAAUUGGAUGGAACUGUCCCUCGUCUGCUGUGAUUGGCUGGCACUGAACAGCUCUAGACCUUGAUUGGCAGUGUGAGGACAUGAAAUCUGAGCUGUGUGACUUUUAAAAGGAAGUGGAUAUUUGUCCGCGGACAGGAAAGGUGACAAGGGGAACCCCACAGGACGUCAUCUUUAAAGCCUCCACUCUCUCCCAUUCAGGAUGGCUCGGCUAUUGAUGUCCACAGGGUUUACCCCACGUCAACAUGGUCCUGCGUUGUAUUAAUCAUUAAAUGAACGGGGCACAGAAUCUGAGACAACACAGCAAGCAUCAUGUACAUUUGAAUGAAGCGUUGCUAUGAAAAGCCGGGAUCUCCUAGUACAUUAUGAAUCUAUGAUAAUGAACCGUGUGCAUAUCUGUGUACAGUACGUGUCUAUAGUGUGCCUAAAUGUUCCGUCAACUCUAUUUUCAUAUUUUUCUUUAACAAAAGAUGAGGAUCAAAAAGAAUGUCAUGGUCAUUUUAGACUGAAGAGAACUCUAAAGACUCUGGAGCCAGAGAACUCUAAAGACUCUGGAGCCAGAGAACUCUAAAAGACUCUGGAGCCAGAGAACUCUAAAGACUCUGGAGCCAGAGAACUCUAAAGACUCUGGAGCCAGAGAACUCUAAAAGACUCUGGAGCCAGAGAACUCUAAAAGACUCUGGAGCUAGAGAACUCUAAAAGACUCUGGAGCUAGAGAACUCUAAAAGACUCUGGAGCCAGAGAACUCUAAAAGACUCUGGAGCCAGAGAACUCUAAAAGACUCUGGAGCCAGGGGUAGGUUCUAGAAGCUGGGGUGGUCAACCCUCCUCCUGGAGAAUGUUUUUCUCCAACCCUGCUCUAUUCUAACACACCCAAUUUAACCAAUCACGGUGUUGAGGAGGAGCAGCUGUUUAGCAGGACCAGGUGUGUUAGAGCAGGGCUGGAGCAGAAUCCUGCUCAGGAUGGGUAGCUCUCCAGGAGAACAGUUGGAGACUCCUGUUCUGGGGUGUUUUUUUGCAUCAUGCUUAUCAAACUAUUCCUUUGGAAACGCUGAACUCAGAUCAGUAUAACACUAAUAAUAAAAUGGUAACUGACCACUG